AUGAAGAGAACACCACCGGCCUUGGUUCCACAGGCUUGCCAGCCCGGAAGCAUAAAGACCCAAAGACAAAGGAUAUUUUUUACCUAUGGAGAUAGAAAAAAGAAAUAUAGUGGCUAUCCAGCAUGGAUGUCACCCAAAAAACCAGCAGAAACAGGGUUUAUGGUCCAAAGCAAAAAUAAUCCUGCUCCAUAUAAGCACCGGAAUCACCAUGAAAUACCUACUGCCCCUUGCCCGAGAUAUAUUGCUCAUAUGUCAUCACCAGAUGCUCUGCAAUAUACCAGAACACUCAGCAAGAAGUCUGCUCAUCUCAAAGAAGCAUAUGAAAAGCCAAAUAAUAAAACUACCAGUAAAUGGGUUAUGUCAGGAUCAGCAAGAACGGAGUACGAAAGUGGAUAUGACAGGAAGGCCACCAAGAGGCAGAACCUACUAUCUGCUAAUCGGGAUGAAAAAGCAAGCAAACCAAUAGAAACUGCCUUACCUGGACAUGUAGUGCAUAAUAUUCCCAUGCAGCCUGUGCCAAGCUUAGUUUCCAGUCAUGUAGACCUUGAAGAGAAUACUGUUACUAAGCAAGCUGACAUAGCCCUGGAUGGGGAAAAUGCUGACCCAGUGAAUUAUAUGCCAAAACACAAGGAAGAAUUAAAUUGUACUCCAAUGCCCAUCUUUGCUAGCCAUUCUAAAGAAUAUGAACAAUGCAAGCAAACAAUGUCAUAUUGCUCUUAUGUAUCGAUCAAGCCUCCUGGACAUCCUAUAGAUGGCACCAGCACAAUAAGUGGAGGUAGUGAAGAAUCAGGUUUGUCUGGGAGAAAGUCUUCCUGCAGCACCAUCUACAGGUCUAGCAGCACAUCCAUAUCCCAGCUCCGUUCUUCUCUCUUAUCUCUGAGUGUGGGAGAUGCUUCAGGGUGUGAAGAUGCCUCUGGAACAUAUCCAGUAACAGAACAUAAAAAGCCCCUUUUGGCAGCCAGUGGAUAUUGCAAGAGCAUUCUGCAUCCUUGUCUAAACAGUUGCAGUUUCCAUGGCAAUACAGAGCUUCGCCAGACUUCAUCAUAUUCAAAGAUUAAAUGCUCAGAGGCUUCAAGGCUCGAAUCUUCUUUCGUUGAAAAUUUUUCAGAUUCAAACAGUGUAGAAGAUCCCAGCGGCAGAAGAUCUGAAAUGUCUGCAGUUAGUACUGGGUUACAGGAUACAUUUGAUGAACUUGAAAUGAUUAUUCCGCGCACUGGAUCCUCACUUUCUAAUUCAUAUUUGGAUUCUUCAUUAUCCUCAGAUCUUUGUAAAACUGCUGCAUCUUUAGACCUAGGGUGUUAUGAUAGCAGUGAAGAAUCACUGACUGAUGUACGACUCUCCCUACUUAAUCACUCAAACUGGGGACAGAAGAACCAUAACUAUGAAGGAAAUGACGAGUGGGAAGGAAAAACACAUAUGUUUUCAGACAUUCAUGCUCAAGGCCCCUUGCUUCUGUUUGCACCUGCUAUAGAAAGUGUUACUGAAACAUCAGAUACUUAUCCUAAUAAAAGAGUAGACGUUCAUCAGAAUAUGUACACAAUGUUUACAGACAUAGAAGAAAUGAAACUCGGAGUCCAAGAGCAAUCAAAUCAUCAAAGUGAGGAGGACUUUAGAGAAAUACUUCCCCAUAAAUCUUAUUUUCUUGAUUCAUCGUGCUCUUUGAAAGGUAGAGAUUCAAUGAAAAAUAUAUUAUUGAACAGGUUAGAUUUGCCAGCAUCCCCAAAAUAA